UUGGACGAUGCAGGCAAGUUUGAGGAAGAUUUGCCGUUAGAUGAGGUCGGGAACGACGGGCCCCCCUCUGAUCAUGAGGAGGAGGGGCCGGGGGGCAGGACGAGAAAUAAGCGAGACGCGUCAUCCGCGAGGAGUGAGGCGGCGACGGCAGCGGCACAUAACCGCCCAAGCCUGCCGGAGGAGAUUUCCGACCUCACUCUCGAGGAGGAAAUUAAAGAGUGGGGGAGGUGGGAAGAACGGGAGGGGAAGAGGCAGAGGAACUCGAGGGGCAAGAGGAGACGCCACCGCCUCCGCCACGGGAAGAGAAGACACGAGAGAGGAAAUAGGGAGCUCCUGGACACAGACUUUAGUUUCGGAAGUUUCGGCUUCGGCGGCGGCAGCAGCAGCAUCGUCGUCGAUGAGAAUCAGGAUAAGAGGAACGGCCAUAACUUCUACGCGACGUCGCUGCCGGUCUCGAGAAUGUACAGCAGUUAUCAGCAGGAUGAAGGGCAGUUGCCUGAUCUAGAAGAUGAAGGAGAUUGGGCAGACCUGGCGGCUAGGACUACGGCAACGAGCCACAAGAAAAAUGUGAAAAGCACCCCGUCAGGAUUCAGGUCAUAUGACUUAGGGGUCACCGUACCUCAAGAAAAUCCCUCUGUUCCCAUCUACUCAGCUGUCAACCAGUUCAGAGUCUCCCAAAUGCCUUCCAAACGACCAAGCGCUCUUGGGACCUCAGGUAUUCGCUCUAAAAUCCACCGCCACGCAGACGCUGGUGAAGGAGCUCAUUUGCAGCCAAGUGCAAUGUUCACAAGUUCAGACGAGCUGAACUUUCAGAGAGAUGGUCCUAUGGAAGGAACGAGGGACAUAGUGUCGUCCAUCCAUCACGUGAGAGAGCAUAAGGGAGCUUGGGUCUUCCAUAACACGUGGGGAGAGACUCUACCGCCCGAACAACGAGGUCUUGGUGAUUCAUUGCAAGGCAAAAAGGGUCUUUUGUCCUUCUCUUCUGUUGUCUUAAACCCUUUGUCUGGCAAUACUGGCGACCCUCUGACACACACUGCUCAUUCCAACGAGCCUGACUCGACCAACAGAAAACACAAACUCGAGAGAUUUGAAGAAGAAGAAGAAGAAGAAGAAGAAGAGACCCGCCAAGCAACUGCCGACACACCCAAUUCAGCACUUCGGAACUCGGAACUUUUCAUCGAUCGAGAACAGUUCAAAAUAUCCGUUUCGAAAAAUUAUUCGGCCCAAAGACAGAGCAGUUACGCCACCAUAAGCCCAGCCAUAUCCACAGAACUGAGUUACAAAUACGAACACAAGAAAGAGGACGAAACGGAAAAGAGGAACGAGACGGGAGAUGCGGCGAAUCAUCUGAGAUACAUCGACGAGAGUCAUCUGCAGCCUAGCCUGGAGGGCCGAGGGCCCGCCAUCAGCAUCCACAUCUCGAGUCCUCCGGCUCACGGGUCCCUAGGGACAACGCCCGCCGAAUUACAGCCUGCAGAAGAUGCUUGGGGAAAGGAAAAGCACUACAUUUUCCCCCUCCCAUCCCCUUCUAACUCGCAGUACACCCCCUCACCUCCUACCUCCCCUUCCCCUCCUGCUACCCCUCCCUCGCUGCCGCUGCCGGCUCCAUCCAUCUCCCCAUCAACAUCAUCAUCAUCAUCGCCUUCUUCACGAGCCAAGGAAGACAGCCAGCUUAAAUACCCGGCCAUCGUCAUAGCAAAUUCAGGAAGAGUCGAGCGAGUGAACGAGGAAGACCUGCCGGCAGAGGUGCUCCUGCAGUCGAUGCUCCCGCAGCAGUCAUCGUCCAUAAGAGAAGUUUCCUCGGCUCCGCUGGUCCUCCUGAAUCACGAGACCCUUCGGAAAUCUCAGACGCCCUCGAACGAGAUGGCUGCGGCAGCCCUGGCAGCCGCAGGCAGCUGCUACAGCACGAACGACAUCAUCGUGGUGAUAUUCCUGACGUCGCUGGUCAACAUGGUGGCCUUCCUGGUCGUCACGUUGGGUCUGUGUUGGUGCUCCCUCCGGGGGCGGUUGAACGCGGCGCCCCCUCGGACGAUUCGUACCGACGACCAACGGAGCGAAGACAACGACGAAGAAGCUGAGAUGGCUGUUUCUUCUGAGGGAUGCUUGGAGGCCUGCCUACCCGACAUCUCUUACCAGCGCCACAUCGCCCGGGGCACGACCCUAAGGCCCACCUUCGUCAUGGGCAGGGCCCUGAGACCCCUGGUCAGCCCGAAUCCGCCGCGCCUGUCGCACGCGGUCCACGAACUGCUCCACACCCUGACCAACAGUCCAGACUACCAGCACCACAAGAAGAAGCUCACCAUGACCAACCGCCGCUCGCUUUCCCUCGAGAACCUCGCCCUUACUUGACCAUCUACACCGCCUCCUCCGAGAUUUAGCUUCUUGUUGGGUGUCAUGUAUAAAUAGAUCGGUGUCAAACACGCUCCCUACACGAGAGACUCCCUGGAAACCUUCCCCCGUCAAUCUUCCUCACACGGGGGCACGCGGAUGUAGCAGCCGUUAAUCAUCACAACUGUACUUGAUGUGUACCCCUGAAUCGGUGUACUGUACACACACAGACACAGACACGCAAACACCCACACAGACGAGUAUGUCAGGUCUAUGUAUAUGUCAUGUUUUGUAGCCUCCUCGUGCGAGCGACUUCCUCUCUGGCGUGAAGCGAAAAACGUGAUUGCCGUUUUCUCCCUUCAGGACAAACUACUGUGAGUUCGUAUGGCGACAGUGCCUUUAUAGAGCGCGCGAAGCUGACCAUGAUGAGGAUGGUGAAGGUGACAGCGAGCGAUGAAUCAUAUCAGUUGAAUAUGGACGGAUUUUUUUUUUUUUUAAUGACGUCCAACCUUCUUGACCUGAAAAAAAGUAUAUAACAAGGAGAGGGUAAGGGCUACGUUGAGGGAAAUGUUUUUUCCGAGGCGCAUGUGAUCCAUAUGAAAACGAAUAACUUUGUCUAGAAUCGAAACAUGCGCAGAGUUUAUUUAGUCUUCAGAGACCAUUGUUUAGCAAUACAAGACUUUUAAUGAGCGUAACUUAACUUUCUCGUCGCCAAAGGCCACCACGCUCCUUUCAAUGCUUGAGACAGUAAGGCCAUGAAAUGCUCUUUUCAUCUUCUUUUUAUUCUUCUGAAAACGAUAAACUUUCUUAAAGACUAAGUCACUGGAAUCAUUCAAUCAUAGAUUAAUAAUAUUUCAAAGAUUACAUAGUUUCAUAAAUAGACUAAUGUGUACAUAAGAGUUAAUAGAUAUGAACGAUGCAUAUUUAUGAAACUGCAGUAUUAGAGCAGUUUCGAUUACUGGAAGAGCCUUCUGAAGGAAAGAUCUGAGAGUUAUAUUAAUGACGUGUACAAUAUUUUCAAACGCACAAGUGUCAACAAAGACGACGCCAGUUUCCCAAUAUAUACCCAGCAAACACUUUUUGACCAAGUCAAGGAAAACGAACCACGAUUUACUUUGAAUAAUGAAAACCCUUUUGGUACGUUAGGGUGAUGCAUAAGACAGUUUUGUAACUGUGGCCUCACUGGUUAUCGCAAAUAUUGAGUUACUGAAAUAUUGAAAAGAAAAGCUUUUAAACUCUUCAAAAAUGGUUAGGAGUAAUCAGUCAUUAAAAUUCUAUGAUAUGGAGCAGUGACAAUUUAUAUGCAUAUGUAACCACAUGCAUAAAACACGUCUUCAUGUUCUGUACAUGAUUCGAGUUUAACUUGUAAAUGAACAUGGUUUUAUACAUAUACAUACACACACACACACA